GCAAUGUUCAAGGAAACCAGAAAAUUCUUGUUGAAACAAUUUUGUCAAUGUGUUUACGUCAAUUUAGUAUUAUUUUAUAAUUGGCCUUUGAACGUAUUCAAUCUCUAAUAAAUGUAGCGUGAUUUUCAUGACAGAUUCAUUAGUAAUUGGCUGCGAGUGGUGGUGCCAAUAUUUGAAAGAAACGUGUAGAAUUGAAAGAAAAAAUUUGAAAGUUAGCAACAAGUGGAGUUUUUACUGCAUGUUCAAAAACGAAACAUCGCCUUACUUUGCUUUAGAUCCACAAUGUCGAAAGAUCCAGAAACUAUAGUCAAAACCGCCAGAGAAGCUUUCAACUCUGGAAUUACCAAAGAUUAUGGUUUCAGGCUGUCGCAGCUGCGAGGAAUGCAAAAAUUUAUGGAAAACAAUGAAGAAAAUAUCGUGCAAGCCCUGAAACAAGACAACAAAAAGUCCCGGUAUGAAAGCUACCUGAUGGAAAUAGUCCACAUCAAAAAAGCCAUCAGCGCCACAAUAAAAAACUUGAAGCAAUGGAUGGAACCAGAGAAACUUCCAAAACCUUUAUUAUUUAUCACGGAUCAGAUGGAAAUUCACUCUGAACCUUACGGGGUGGUUCUAGUUAUCGGGGCGUGGAAUUAUCCCCUUGUUAUCACCUUGGAACCGUUCAUUGCGGCAAUCGCUGCAGGAAAUUGUGCCGUUCUUAAACCCUCUGAACUUGUUCCUACCUGUGCGAGGCUUUUCGAGGAGCAACUCGGGAAAUAUCUGGACACCAGCUGUUUUCACGUGUAUAAUGGAGGAGUUGCCGAAACAACCGCGUUAUUAGAGCAACGGUUCGACUACAUAUUCUACACUGGGAGUGGAGGAGUGGGCAAGCUUAUUUAUGCUGCUGCCGCCAAGUUUCUGACGCCAGUUACUCUGGAAUUGGGUGGAAAAUGUCCAGUUUAUUUGGACGAUUCUGCAGACCUGGAAAUAGCUGCUAGCAGAAUCAUGUGGGGCAAAUGCAUUAACGUGGGACAAACCUGCGUGGAACCCGAUUAUUUGCUUUGUAGCCAGUUUGUGAGGGACAAAUUCGUGCAAGCAGCUAAAAACGUUAUUAAAAAAUGGUAUGGGGAAAAUAUUGCUCAGAAUGACGUCUAUGGUCGAAUUAUUAAUGACCAACACUUCCAAAGAGUGUCCAAGCUGAUCGAAGGCCACAAGAUUGCACUUGGAGGCAAAACUGAUCCUCAAGACCGUUUCAUUGAACCAACCAUCCUAAUCGACGUUAACCCCGAUGACCCGAUAAUGCAAGAAGAAAUCUUCGGGCCAGUUCUUCCGAUCCUGACUGUGGCUACACCUGAAGAAGCCAUCGAGUUUAUCAAUGCCCGCCCAAAACCGCUGGCUAUUUACGUUUUCAGUUCUAGUCCGAUGGAGCAGCAAAAGUUCAUCAAAGGCACAUCAAGUGGUGGCGUGUGUGUAAAUGAUGUGAUCAUGCAACUUACCUGCGAGGUUUUACCAUUUGGGGGUGUUGGAAGCAGUGGCUUUGGAGCCUACCAUGGACACCAUUCGUUCAAGACGUUUUCGCAUCAAAAAGGUGUACUAAUCAAAAAUCUGAGCAAGCUCGACGAAUACGUUCAACAGUUAAGGUAUCCUCCAUAUACCGAGAAAAAAUUGAACACCGUUAAGAAGCUUUUAGCAAUCAACUUGCCAAUUGUUCCUAGGCUGGAUAUAGGCAAAUUUAGUUUAUUUUUAAUGUUCGUUCUGGUGGCAACGAUAUUCAGUUUUUGUUUCAAAGAGUGAGCCAAUUGCAGAGGAAAAUGUGUUAAAGAGUUUUUGUUAAUAAAUCCACUGUUGUUCAUA